AUGAAGUUCAUAGAUGAACUAGAUAUAGAACGAGUCAAUCAGACUCUGAAUUUUGAAACAUCAGAUUGCAAGAUUACUGGUGGUUGUGAUAUCUUCACAACAAAGCCUGUUGCUUCAGAUAAGAAACUAUACAAGACUAUUGACCAGCAUUUGGAAACAAUAUUACAAGAAAAUGAAAGUUUCAAAGCUGCCGUACAUCACCAACAACAGUUACAGUUACAGUCGUCUCCUGUGGAAGCAAAUGCUAUACCAGUUACACCUAAUGACAAUACUCGUAGGGAUAGUUCCUCAUUUUGGGAACAGAAGAGACGUAUGUCUAUAACAGAUCCACUGUAUGCUAUAAAUAACAAUAUUGUUAAUUAUACAAACAAUUUCAAUCAUAAUAGCAAUAACAACAGCAAUAAUAAUUCAACGAAUAAUGUCUCCCUAACAAAUGCUCCGGUAAUUAAUGGCUCUAAUGGUAGUAACAAUGGACCUUUAGUGGCUAGUCCAUUUAUUAAGAGUGUCAAAUUGAAUGACCAGAAUCUAAAAGAUUUGGUAAUGAAUUCCGAAUCUGAGUAUGCGAGCUCUUCGUCUAUGGAAUCAACGAAUAGAGCUGGAUCCAAUAGUGGUAUAACAAAACCAGGUUCAAAGAGAAGGACAAGUAGUAAUUCAAGUUUACAGAGUUUUAAAUUGACUUCAUUGAGAAGACCCUCAUUAAAGGAUGCCGAUAUGAAUGUAAAUAUUGGUCCAUUCGGUCCCAUUCGUGAACCAGCAAGUAGAAGGACGUUUGCAUAUUUAAUUGCAAUCUUGAAUGCAUCUUAUCCUGAUCACGAUUUUAGCUCACUAGAACCUACAGAUUUCAUAAGGAGUUCAUUGAAGACAUUUAUUUCAAAAUUUGAAAACUCACUGUAUUCACUAGGAAAAAAACCUGAAAGUUGGAUUUGGGAAAGUAUAAGUUCACAUAUGACGUUGUCAGAUUGUGUUGUAUAUCAAUUUAAUCCAACAAAAUCGUUUUUGGAAGAUGAACCUGGAUAUCUAUGGAGUCUUAUCGGAUUUUUAUUUAAUAAGAAGCGUAAGAGAGUGGCAUUCCUAUAUUUGAUUUGUUCAAGAGUAAAAGCCAUAUCAGGGGACUACAACGAGGACACCAUGAAACCGAUGAGACAAUUUACUAUCGACUAUGAUGACGGCUUUGAAGGUGAAUAUGACCUAGCAAAUGAUGAUGAAAAUGCAAUUGCGGAUGAUUCUGAAGAUGAAUUUUAA